AUGUACAGUACUUCUCUCUUAAUAUCAUCAAGCUUUAUUAUCAUUAUUAUCUUAUUAUUUUACCCUAUUAUAUCUACCCUAACUCCUGCACCCUUACCAAAAAACUGAGCUCUGUCCCACGUAAAAACAGCAGUUAAGUCGGCUUUUUUUGUUAGCUUGUUACCUCUAUUUCUAUUUCUUAAUGAAGGUGCAGAAACCAUUAUCACUUCCUGAAGCUGAAUAAAUACUAUAACAUUUGACGUAAAUAUUAGCUUCAAAUUUGACCACUACUCCAUCAUCUUCACCCCUAUUGCUCUUUAUGUAACUUGAUCAUGAUAUAUGCAUGCCGACCCUUACAUGAACCGCUUCUUUAAAUACCUUUUAAUUUUUCUAAUUGCUAUAAUUAUUCUAGUCACAGCAAAUAAUCUCUUCCAACUUUUCAUCGGGUGGGAAGGGGUCGGUAUUAUAUCUUUCCUUCUCAUCGGAUGGUGAUACGGGCGGGCGGACGCAAACACUGCAGCCCUCCAAGCGGUGGUUUACAACCGAGUCGGGGAUGUCGGACUAAUUCUGGCUAUAGCUUGAAUAGCUACACAUCUUAAUUCAUGAGAAAUUCAACAAAUAUUUGCUACCGCAAAAGAUUUUGACUUAACUCUUCCUCUCCUUGGACUUAUUCUCGCUGCCACCGGUAAAUCCGCCCAAUUUGGUCUUCACCCCUGACUUCCUUCUGCUAUAGAAGGUCCUACACCGGUCUCUGCCCUACUACACUCCAGUACUAUAGUCGUUGCAGGUAUUUUUUUAUUAGUGCGCCUGAGCCCUCUCUUAGAAAAUAACCCUACCGCCCUUACCAUCUGCCUUUGCCUAGGAGCCCUUACCACUAUGUUUACAGCUACGUGUGCUCUUACCCAAAACGACAUUAAGAAAAUUGUUGCCUUCUCAACAUCCAGCCAACUCGGACUGAUAAUAGUAACUAUUGGUCUCAACCAACCCCAACUAGCCUUCCUUCAUAUCUGCACCCAUGCAUUCUUUAAGGCUAUACUCUUCCUUUGUUCUGGUUCAAUUAUCCACAGCCUAAAUGACGAACAAGAUAUUCGAAAAAUGGGAGGAAUACACCACCUUACCCCCUUCACCUCGACUUGCCUAACCAUCGGAAGCCUAGCCCUGACAGGAACUCCUUUCCUAGCAGGGUUUUUCUCAAAAGAUGCUAUUAUUGAAGCAUUAAACACUUCUUACCUAAGCGCCUGGGCCCUAAUCCUGACUUUAUUAGCCACCUCAUUUACAGCUAUUUACAGCUUGCGUGUUAUCUUCUUUGUUUCAAUAGGUCACCCCCGAUUUAAUUCUUUAUCACCUAUCAAUGAAAACAACCCCGCAGUGAUUAACCCUAUUAAACGACUAGCAUGAGGCAGUAUUAUUGCAGGCCUCCUGAUUACAUCCAAUAUCUUGCCGUUAAAAACACCAGUAAUAUCUAUACCUUUUAUGCUCAAACUAGCCGCUCUAACAGUCACAAUUAUGGGACUCCUUAUCGCAUUAGACCUUGCAUCAUUAACAAGCAAACAAUUUAAACCUACACCACGACUUACACUUCACCAUUUUUCAAACAUACUUGGCUUCUUCCCAAUAAUUAUCCAUCGCUUCUUCCCUAAACUUAACUUAACACUAGGUCAAGCCAUCGCUGGUCAAAUAGUGGACCAAACGUGAUUAGAAAAAGUUGGACCUAAAGCCGCAGCCUCAAUUAACGUACCUUUAAUUACAACUACAAGUAACGCUCAACAAGGCAUAAUCAAGACUUACCUUGCCCUUUUCUUAUUAACCCUCGCCCUGACUACUAUUCUAUUUAUUGACUAA